CGAGGUGCGUAGCCCACGCCCAACUGAGUCGUCAACCUGGCUGGGAGCAGCAGCCUCACGAUUGAUCGCCAGCACUACCAAAAGACUGAAACGCCGUCCAGCCAGCGAGCCAAGGGGAAGAUGGCCAGCACCGGCGAGAUCUGGCUGCAGUGGUUCUCCUGCUGCUUCCAGCAGCAGCGCUCCCCCUCCCGCCGCCCACACCAACGCCUGCGCAUCGACCGGUCCAUGAUCGGCAAUCCCACCAACUUCGUCCACACGGGCCACAUCGGGUCGGCGGACGUGGAGCUGUCGGCCAACCGCCUCAACGCGAUCUCAACCCAGAUGCAGAGCAAGGGCGGCUACGAGACCAACUCGAUACACUCGCUGCAUGCCUGCUGAUGGAAGCCCCCAGUCACCUCGCGUAUCCCCGCUAUAAAUGCAUUUCGUGCAAUUUUUUACAGAAAAGGAGAGGAGCAGCAUAAAUACUUUUUACAAUUCUUUGUUGUGGCGUGUUAUCAGGCGAAGAUGGCAGAAAUGAGAGGGAGGGCUGAAUGGUGCACAAAGCUGGAAGCCACGAGGAGGUGCGGAGGAGGGCACAUUUGAAUUAGGUUCCAGAUAAAAACCAGACGACGGUACGCGACAAUGGAUUCCAUUCCGGCUUACAUCCGCGGGCCCCAGCUGUCCACGUACAGAGAUUUUGGGCUGAUUUGCUUUUUGUGAGUAUUAGCUAAAUGAAAAAUCGCAAAAAGAGUGCCAAGCGACUAAAAUCACCUAAAACCAUUAGUUAAGCCCAUAACGAUAUAUGUAUACAGAGUCAGUUGGAACAUUACGUAACAUUUUUUGGAUGUACUUAAUGCCAAAAAUAUCAAGAGGGAACUACCAGUUCAGUUCCUAUCCAUAAUAAUUUACAUUUCCAAAGCACAUUUCAUUUACGUACUCCUACGAAAACUGCCUUAUAAUCAGUUGCACAACCAACAAAAAAUAGUCUGACCUAUGAUAUUUGGCUGAAAUGGUGCAACUAGCGAACCUUUUUUACAAAAGCUGAUUUAGCAUUUACACGACGUUAUUAACUGUAGGCGGAAAACUGUCGCACAAUCAUAUUCAACACACAAAGUAAUACGUUUAAGAACACUAUUGAUAUUUUCCCAUUCGAAUACUUGUGAACCUCUUAAUAGGAUUAGAUCCCAGCAGACUGGAAUAUAUGGUUUUAGGCAAGCGACAAUUCAAGCAUAGAUUGACGAGUACCUUUCUAGAACCCCACAUCAAAAGCUGAAAUAUAUAUUUGUAAAAUCAGAUGCCGUUGUAGAUAACAGAGAAAAGAGUUUAAACAUGCGUUGGGUUUUAAGCAUAUAGUCUAAUUGUAUAAACAAAUAUUUAAGCAAUAAUUUAUGGAAAUAUAUAUUUAAAAGCAGCAACCCGUAAA